GGGCCACUGCAUCUUCUGUGAGGCCAGCAUCCAUGGGAGACGGUUCAGUGGGGACUUUGUCCGGGCCCGAGUCUGCCACUAGGAUGGCCUGGGGCCCCAGAGAUGCCCGCUUCACAUCCCUGCCUGUCCCCAAGGAGAGUGCCUGAGGAGACCCUGGACCAGCCAGGCCAUGAGCCCUUCCCGAGAGGUAGGACGAGGUUGAUUGACUUAUGUGCAGUGUGGGGUCCCGGAGUCCCCCUGCCAUCUACCACCUCUGGUGCCGUGAGGACAAGGACAGGGACGAGGCUGAAUGAGGCGGAAGAGCUGAGCUCCGUACCAAAGGCCCACGUGGCUCGACUGGAGACAGCGAGACCCCAAGAGCAGGGGAGCAGGGAGCGCGGCCUGGUGCCGAGGAUGGCCAGGCAGCCGCCUCUGCCCUGGGCCCAUGCAGCCUUCCUCCUCCUCCUCCUCCAGCUCGGCGGGGCCAUCGAGAUUCCUAUGGAUCGCCCCUCCGAGCCCCUGCAUCCCUCCUCCUCCCCACCUCACUCUCAAGGAAGAUCUGAAGCAAGCAUUCAGAAUGAGCUGACCCAGCCUCCGACCAUCACCAAGCAGUCAGUGAAGGACCACAUCGUGGACCCCCGGGACAACAUCCUGAUCGAGUGUGAGGCGAAGGGGAAUCCGGCCCCCAGCUUCCACUGGACUCGAAACAGCAGAUUCUUCAACAUCGCCAAGGACCCGCGGGUGUCCAUGCGGAGGAGGUCGGGGACCCUGGUGAUCGACUUCCGCAGUGGCGGGCGGCCCGAGGAGUAUGAGGGUGAAUACCAGUGCUUCGCCCGCAACAAAUUUGGCACUGCCCUGUCCAACAAGAUCCGCCUGCAGGUGUCCAAAUCUCCCCUGUGGCCCAAAGAAAACCUGGACCCUGUUGUGGUUCAGGAAGGUGCCCCCUUGACGCUGCAGUGCAACCCCCCUCCUGGCCUCCCGUCCCCGGUUAUCUUCUGGAUGAGCAGCUCCAUGGAGCCCAUCGCUCAGGACAAACGCGUGUCCCAGGGCCACCACGGAGACCUGUACUUCUCCAACGUGCUGCUGCAGGACAUGCAGACCGACUACAGCUGCAACGCACGCUUCCACUUCACCCACACCAUCCAGCAGAAGAAUCCCUUCACCCUCAAGGUCCUCACCAACCACCCCUAUAACGACUCGUCCUUAAGAAACCACCCUGACAUGUACAGUGCCCGAGGAGUUGCAGAAAGAACACCCAGCUUCAUGUAUCCCCAGGGCACCUCGAGCAGUCAGAUGGUGCUUCGCGGCAUGGACCUCCUGCUGGAGUGCAUCGCUUCUGGGGUCCCCACACCGGAUAUCGCGUGGUACAAGAAAGGUGGGGACCUCCCAUCUGACAAAGCCAAGUUUGAGAACUUUAACAAGGCUCUGCGUAUCACCAAUGUCUCGGAAGAAGACUCCGGGGAGUAUUUCUGCCUGGCCUCCAACAAGAUGGGCAGCAUCCGGCACACGAUCUCGGUGAGAGUAAAGGCUGCUCCCUACUGGCUGGAUGAACCCAAGAACCUGAUCCUGGCUCCUGGAGAGGAUGGCAGACUGGUGUGCAGAGCCAGUGGGAACCCCAAGCCCACGGUCCAGUGGAUGGUGAAUGGGGAGCCUUUGCAAUCAGCACCACCCAACCCCAACCGAGAGGUGGCCGGCGACACCAUCAUCUUCCGGGACACACAGGUCAGCAGCAGGGCCGUGUACCAGUGCAACACGUCCAACGAGCAUGGCUACCUGCUGGCCAACGCCUUCGUCAGUGUGCUAGACGUUCCUCCGCGGAUGCUGUCACCCCGGAACCAGCUCAUUCGGGUGAUCCUGUACAACCGCACGCGGCUGGACUGCCCGUUCUUCGGGUCCCCCAUUCCCACCCUCCGAUGGUUUAAGAAUGGGCAGGGAAGCAACCUGGAUGGUGGCAACUACCAUGUCUACGAGAAUGGCAGCCUGGAAAUUAAGAUGAUCCGCAAAGAGGACCAAGGCAUCUACACCUGUGUAGCCACCAACAUCCUAGGCAAGGCUGAAAACCAGGUCCGCCUGGAGGUCAAAGACCCUACCCGGAUCUUCCGGAUGCCCGAGGACCAGGUUGUCCAGAGGGGCACCACAGUGCAGCUGGAGUGUCGCGUGAAGCACGACCCCUCGCUGAGACUCACCGUGUCCUGGCUGAAGGACGAUGAGCCGCUCUACGUCGGAAACAGGAUGAAGAAGGAAGACGACUCCCUGACCAUCUUUGGCGUGGCAGAGCGAGACCAGGGCAGCUACACCUGUGUGGCCAGCACUGAGCUGGACCAAGACCUGGCCAAGGCCCACCUCACCGUGCUAGCUGAUCAGACCGCUCCAACUAACCGUCUGGCUGCCCUGCCCAAAGGCCGGCCAGACCGACCCCGUGACCUGGAGCUCACCGACCUGGCUGAGCGGAGCGUGAGGCUGACGUGGAUUCCAGGAGACGAUAACAACAGCCCCAUCACAGGCUACGUCGUCCAGUUUGAAGAGGACCAGUUCCAACCAGGGGUCUGGCACGACCAUUCCAAGUUCCCUGGCAGUGUUAACUCCGCUGUCCUGCAGCUGUCGCCAUACGUCAACUACCAGUUCCGGGUCAUCGCCAUCAACGAGGUGGGGAGCAGCCACCCCAGCCUCCCAUCCGAGCGCUACCGAACCAGCGGAGCACCCCCUGAGUCCAAUCCCAGCGAUGUGAAGGGAGAGGGGACCAGAAAGAAUAACAUGGAGAUCACAUGGACGCCCAUGAACGCCACUUCUGCCUUUGGCCCCAACCUGCGCUACAUCGUCAAGUGGAGGCGGAGAGAGACUCGAGAGACCUGGAACAACGUGACGGUGUGGGGCUCUCGCCACGUGGUGGGGCAGACCCCUGUCUACGUGCCCUAUGAGAUCCGCGUCCAGGCAGAGAACGACUUUGGGAAGGGCCCCGAGCCUGACACUGUCAUUGGCUACUCUGGAGAGGAUUAUCCCCGGGCUGCACCCACCGACGUUAAGGUCCGAGUCAUGAACAGCACAGCCAUCGGCCUGCAGUGGAACCGAGUCUACUCCGACACGGUCCAGGGCCAGCUCCGGGAGUACCGAGCCUACUACUGGAGGGAGAGCAGCUUGUUGAAGAACCUGUGGGUGUCUCAGAAGAGACAGCAAGCCAGUUUCCCCAGUGACCGCACCCGGGGCGUGGUGGGCCGGCUCUUCCCCUACAGUAACUACAAGCUGGAGAUGGUUGUGGUCAAUGGGAGAGGCAACGGGCCCCACAGUGAGACCAAGGAGUUCACCACCCCGGAAGGAGUACCCAGUGCCCCCAGGCGUUUCCGAGUCCGGCAGCCCAGCCUGGAGACAGUCAACCUGGAGUGGGAUCACCCGGAGCACCCCAACGGGAUCCUGACAGGAUACACCCUCAAAUAUGUGGCCUUUAAUGGGACCAAGCUGGGAAAGCAGAUGGUGGAAAACUUCUCUCCCAACCAGACCAAGUUCUCGGUGCAGAGAUCCGACCCCGUGUCACGCUUCCGCUUUACCCUCAGCGCCAGGACACAGGUGGGCUCGGGGGAAGCGGUCACAGAGGAGUCUCCGGCACCCCCCAACGAAGCUACUCCAACCGCAGCUCCACCCACGUUGCCCCUGACUACCGAGGGUGCUGUGAGCAGCACUGACGCCACUGCCCCUGCCACCACCGAAGCCACAACAGUCCCCACCAUCCCAACUGCCGCACCUACCACCAUCGCCACCACCACCGUCGCCACAACUACUACAACCACCGCCGCCGCCACCACCACCACCACCACGGAGAGUCCUCCCGCCACCACCAGGAGUAAGAUGCAGGAAUCCGCCCCUGAUGAGCAGUUCAUAUGGAACGUCACGGUGUUCCCCAACAGUAAAUGGGCCAACAUCACGUGGAAGCACAACUUCGGGCCCGGAACUGACUUUGUGGUUGAGUACAUCGACAGCAACAAUACAAAAAAAACUGUCCCUGUUAAGGCUCAGGCCCAGCCUGUACAGCUGACAGACCUCUAUCCCGGGAUGACAUACACCUUGCGGAUUUAUCCCCGGGACAACGAGGGCAUCAGCAGUACCGUCAUCACCUUUAUGACCAGUACAGCGUACACCAACAACCAGGCGGACAUCGCCACCCAGGGCUGGUUCAUCGGGCUCAUGUGCGCCAUCGCCCUCCUGGUGCUCAUCCUGCUCAUCGUCUGCUUCAUCAAGAGGAGUCGAGGUGGCAAAUACCCAGUUCGAGAAAAGAAGGAUGUUCCCCUGGGCCCGGAAGACCCCAAGGAAGAGGACGGCUCCUUUGACUACAGUGACGAGGACAACAAGCCCCUGCAAGGCAGCCAGACAUCUCUGGACGGCACCAUCAAGCAGCAGGAGAGCGACGACAGCCUGGUGGACUACGGUGAAGGCGGGGAGGGGCAGUUCAACGAAGACGGCUCCUUCAUCGGCCAGUACACGGUGAAAAAGGACAAGGAGGAGACCGAGGGCAACGAGAGCUCAGAGGCCACUUCGCCCGUCAAUGCCAUCUACUCUCUGGCCUAACAGAGCCCACCAGGCACAGCCGCUACUUCGCAAGUGGGAGGAGGGAGAGGGGAGACGAAGCUGCCGCAGACCUACCGCAAAGCCGCCACCGCCUUCAGGGACAAGGGCACCUGCCGCUGGGUCUGCCCCGCCGUGAGGACCAGCAGCCACCCAGCCCCCACGUGCCCCGCCCGCCGUGUGCCGCUGGUAC